GGCGUCCCGACGCUAUCACAGCCCCCUGAGAACGCGCGACGCGGAUCGGGCGACUAACGCAUCACGUGAGGACUCGCUGUUCUUAGCCUUCGAGGGCUAUGCAGUCGUGACUAGUCGUGGUGUGACUGGACGUUGGGUGGAUAGGCAAUGACGUGAUGACUUCUGGUUCUGACACGCCACAGCUGCAGCGCACCACACAUCUCUUCAAGUAAUGACGGCAUGAAAGAGUUGCCGUACGCUCUGCUUCUCCUCACCUACUUCGCUCAAGCCAAACACCACCACCAUGCCUGCCAGGACCGGACUCUGUCGCAACCGAUCGCCGCCCCGCACAACGUUUCGUCCCUGUUGGACGUAUUCAGACACCAGUCGAGCGAUUUCGCUGCAGCGUCCAGGAGGCUGUUCCUCGAGCACAAGCACGUACUCGGAGUGGUGUCGUCGGCGAAGACGGAAAGAAAUCUAGCGCUGAACGUGUCUGGGAGGUUGAAGAUCUUCCAGAAUAGGACGGUGGAGAACUCCAGAUUCUGGGACGUUUUGGACGAUACGAGAACAGGCUGGAGAGCAACGUUUAAGGAGUGUCAGUUUUUACGGACAUGGGUGUAUGUGUACGUGAUGCAAAUGGACAACGGUAGCGCGGGAGUGUUUUUAAAAGUAGACUUAGAUCAGUGUGACCAGGGGCAAAUAGAAAUCUUCAAUGGCAGCCAUAUGUGUGAUCCGGAGACUACACAGAUGCAUACCGUGUCCGCAAGACUGCCAGGACUGCGAACCGACAGGGAUUUGCACCACAGAGAGGGGCGUUUACUUGAAGACUGUUAUACUAUGUAUCCAACUAGCUUGUAUGGUAUCCACCGUUAUACUGGCACUCAUUGUUUUCAGACAGAGGAAAACAAAGGCUAUCGCAUCCGCCAUGUGGACCAUUUUAGAGACCAUCCUCCUAGGUAUUUUCAUUCUUCAUGCAACAGUAAGUACUUUUAUCUAUUUUACUUAAUUCCGAGUAUCAUUGUAUUAGUAACAAGGUAG